UUUGUUGUUGUUGUUGUAUGUCUUUCGCUUGGCUGGUUUCUGCGCAUCCAAAUACAUUGUCAGGAUAAGGACGAUAACAAUCGACAUUACAAUCACAUAAAUUCCCAAUUCACAUUCACACCGGAGGAAAUCAAAUACGAUAACAAACACUACAAGUACCUCAAGUACACCGCCUACAAAAAGGAUAAUCAAUAUCAAGAGGAUAAACACAAAAUUCGCGGUUACAAUGAAGUAGUUGAAAAGCCACAGAAGUACAUCAAGAACAAUAACAACAUCAAUAGUGGAUAUCCAUCGAAGUCACCUGAAUGCAAACCACAACAAUUGACCGCAAUUGGAAAUCGCCUAUUGGAUUGGUUUUCAGUAAUUAUGGCCGAUAGCAAGAAACGUCGACAGCACAAUCAAAAAUCGAAAGCACACUUCCCACCCGCCUGCAAGACAGAAGCCAAAUGGAUGUUCGGACAUUUGGAUUUGAACAAUGAUGGCUUACUUUCACUGCAGGAAAUGUACGAUUUGGAACAUGAUCAAAAUGAGCGUUGCAUUAAACCAUUCAUCGAUACUUGCGACUUGGAUCAGGACAAUUCAAUAAAUACACGCGAAUGGUGCCGCUGCUUCGAGAAAACUGAUCGUCCUUGCGCUGCUGUAAGACGAAGAAUUGCCGGCGACUUUGCAGGCGCAUAUGCACCUGACUGCGAUAUUCAAGGAUUCUACAAGCCCACCCAAUGCCACAAUUCAGUCGGAGUUUGCUGGUGUGUGGAUAAACACGGCGUUGAGUUUGCCAAUACACGCACUAGAGGAAAGCCUAAUUGCGAAUCGGUAGUAAACAACGCAUCAUCACUUACAUCCGACGAUGAGGAUGAGGAAACCGACGACGAAGAUAGUGCGGAGGGCAGUGCUGAUCAAAUGCUUGUAUUUUAAAUGAAACUCAACGAAUAUUUUGAUUUUUAAAUAAAAAUAUAUUAAAGAAAUAUCUACAAACAAGCAAACUAAACGCAUUUUAGUAAAAUCACUUAUGAAACAGAGAAGGAUUAUUAUUUUGGUUUAAUCCAAAACCAAAUGCAGUAAGAAUAUAUAAAAUGCAUAUAACCUUUAAUAUAACAAUUAUCUGCAAACAAAGUGCAGUAGUGCUUAAAUCUGAAAGAAAUUUUUGAAUUUUUGAAU